AUGCAUAUUCAAACUUUUAUUGCCAUUUUACUUGUUGUCAUCAUUAGUCUGACAUCUGGUGCAACCAUCAAUAACAUUGGUGACGAAACCGAAGUUCUACCACUUCGUGUCACAUGUGAUAUCGCUUCAAUUAGCGCAUUUGGUGUCUCUUUUGGAGAUUCACUUUGUGCUGCAAAUUGUAUUCGUCUUGGCUAUAAAGGUGGAUAUUGCAAUUCACAAAAGGUUUGCAACUGCCGUCGAUAA